UGGAUAGUUCAAGUUACUCUUGAAUAAUGGGAUUUACAAGACUUGUCGUAAUGUGGAUAUUUAUCAAAUAACAACGUCACUGUGACAAAGACAAAUCCUCUGUAAUCUGAGGGAUGGAUAUAGUAGUUGUUUUAAGCAAUGUCAUCUUCUCUCAAGUUUUCAUUCCAUAGUUACUGUAGUAGAUAAUCCGCCACAUGGAGUCAAGAACACAUGGAAUGGAUCAUUUGGAAAAACUUUCAUCCGCAUUAGAUGAUCUUCGAAAAACAGAAACUGUCUGCGAUUUCAUGAUUAAAGUCGGAGAGGAAUCGUUCCCAGUUCAUCGGAAUGUACUUAUCGCUGCCUCUGAUUAUUUCCGAGCCAUGUUGUCUCACGACACUAAAGAACGACAAGAAGGAGUCGUUGAUAUGAAGGAAGUUGAACCAGCCGCUGUAAAAUUAUGCAUAAAAUUUAUCUAUACUGGCGCCACAACUGUUACCAUGGAAACGGUAGAAAAUCUUCUGCCUGCAGCUGGAAUAAUGCAGCUCAAUGCUCUCAGUGAAAAUUGUCUUGGAAUUUUAGAGGAAAAUUUGAAAGCAAAAAACUGUAUUUCUGUGUUGAAAUUGGCAAGAACGCAUAGUUUUGCUGAUCUUGAAGUAAAAGCUUUGGAACUUUUCAGAGAAAAUUACAAUUUCGAGGAUUUUGGAGAUUUUGCAGAACUUGAGAAAGAAGGUCUUGUCGAACGUAUUUCUGAUUUUAAUUCGAGAAAUGAAUUGGCCUGGGAAGUUAUAAUAAAUUGGAUCAAACUAAAUGUUGAAGAACGAAGCAAAGAUAUUCUGGAAUUUGUGAAACUAUUAGAUUGGGAAUCUUCUCCUUCAGCAGAACUUCUGGAGAUUUUGUGGUCAGAACCGAUCUUCACAGAUUCCCAAGAAUGCAAGAAGUUCUUGUUUUGUCAUUUAUUUAUGGAUUCUGAAAAAUUAAGACAGACAUUGACCGUUGAAAACUGCUUCAUAAUUGAACGAUUGUCCACUGAAUUUGAAUUUCUUACAAAACAAGCAAUGAAUGCUAUUGACACAUUUAUGAAGGUGAAUUUAAGUUUGAUUUCAAAAAAGAAAGCAUUCAAAUCUUUGAGUGGAAAAACAAUUUUGUCAUUAUUUGAAGAUCGCACAAUCAACUGUCUUUGUGAUGAAAGCUCAAGGUGGGAGGCGAUGGUCAGUUGGGUUGAUGCUGACAGUAACAGAACCAACUGUUUCCCAAAAUUAAUUCAGUCUAUUGAUUUCCAUCGCUUGUCGAAAAUUUUUUUGUCAACAGUUGUAAAAAAUGCCAGCCUCUUCAAUACUUCAUUUGCUUGUCACAAAAUUUUUUUUGAUCAUGUAAUAAAGAAAGGAAAUACGCAUGAAAGAUCUCACAUUUCAUUUUUAUAUCCUGAUGGCAGUAUCUUUGCUCUCAAUCUAUUAAAUAAAGAAUGGCAGAGGCUACCAAGUGUAUCAGAGAAUAAAACUUUUCAGGUCAUAUUUUCGCUGCAUGGACAGUUGUGUGUCAUUGAAGACGCCAAUUUUGGUUAUCUUGGGAGCAAUUGGAUUCUAAGGUCUACAUUACGUCAUGUCCCAAGAGAGAAUGUGCAAGUUUCUGUUGCAGGAAAUUAUAUAUUUUUGAUUGCAGAAGAGGAAAUGCAUAUAUAUAACUCUCUCACCAAUACAUGGUCUGAAGGAUUUUCCGGCUGUGACUUUGAAGAGUUCAUUGUUACAGCACGGGGACCAAGUGUUUAUGUAGGAAGUACAUCAAAUGGGGCUCGUUAUUUCAAUAUCGGAAGUCAAUAUUGGUCAGAAAAAAUCAAAGCUCAAAAAAUAACUAAGAACGCUUCUACCACUUUCCAUCAAGGAAGACUAUAUGUAGUUGGAGUUGAUACAGGGAUUUUAUUAAAUCGAAAGUUUGUCGGAGUUCUCCGAUACGGCAAUGGAUCAUGGGAAAAUAUGCAUGAUCUUCCUGUAGAAAUCACUUCAAAAAGUUGGCUUUUCUCUACUGGACAAAGACUUCUUCUUUAUUCAUUAAGGACUUUGUAUGCUUAUGAUGAUAUGUGUGAUUCGUGGGCAAUCUUCAUGAAAAUACCGCAAUGUACCAAAGGAGGAAUUGGGGAUCAAAAAUGUAUGGACCCUGUAUCUGCAUGCUCUUUUUCAGGCAUUUUGGGUUCUGUCAAUAUGCAGUGAAUAUUGAAUAUUCUCCAAAAGAUUUAUGCUUGUUUUAACAUUCGUCAAGAUAAUAAGUAAACAAUACUCAAAUUGUUGAAUUGUUUUUAUUUUAUGUGCAUUUUCUCUAUUUGAAAGUUAUAGAUUAUCUAAUACAGUUUAGGUUAAAAACAGAGUAAGAUACUUUGGGAAUUUCAGUCACAAAAUUGUUAAUAUAAACCCAAGAACUUGUGUGUAAUAAAAAUUUGGCUGUGAUUAAGUGCGCUGCAUUGAGUGCAUGACACUGUAAUUCUUAAAAUAUUUCAGAUGCUAAAAUAAAGGAAUAUUACUUCCAACUACUUUUUGCAUUCCUUCCUUGUUUAGAAGAAAACAGUUAAUAUUAUGAAGCUAUUCCUAAAUUUGGAUUUGAUUAUAUAGGACAAGAAACAAAUGUGCAUACAAAUAAUGGUUUUUAUAAAUUUAUUUGUCCUUGUCUGUUUUUUCAUUAUAUACUAUCUUCACUGUUUAUUCAGCCAAAAUCUAUUUUAUCCAUAUGCACCUUCAUUUGCGCAGAAUACUUUUAAUAUCUGCUGAUAGAGUCAAUGCAUUUAAAUUCUUUUCAUAUUUACAUCAAAAGUUCCGCAGGCUAUUCUUUAAGCUUGAAUUUGUGAGUCUCCAUUGAUUAUGCAAUUGUUUUUAUAUCAAACUCCAUAUAAAAAAAACUAUGUAAACUUCCUUAAAUUCAAUUGAAAUCACUGUAUUUUUUUCUACACUUCCUUCAUUUUUAUCCUAAUUUUUCCAUAUUAAUAUUUAUUCAAGCAUGAUUGUAUUAUUUUCACAG